CACCGACCUGUCUAUUUUGGUUUCUUCAGGGCUUGCUAUCAGGAGCCGGGCCACACUGGAGCAUUUGGACAUGGAGCAGAGGGCUUGACUCACUUUGGGUCAGCCACAACUGAAACCUUUCAUUUCACUAAGGAUUUGUCCGUGAGAUCACCUACAUUAGACUCACAGCAUGAGAGACAAAGAAACACCACAGACACUUCCAUUGUCCUGGCUUCAACCUGAGCUGGAAAACAAAUAGAGGAUUUACACAGUUGUGGUGGAUGAAGACAGGUGAUGCGCGAGACGGAAACAAAGCCAUCAUGAGCUGUGUGGAAAAGCGACACAUGAGCCACAGGGUGGGGAGCAUGCUUCACCACCGCUUCCCCAAUGGAUUCACUGACUUGUUCAUGGAUGAGACGGACAGAGAAGUCAGCACUCUCACUGAUCGAGCUUUCCGAAGCCUUUGCGUCGGAGAUGACGCCGUGUACAAUGAUGAAUUUUUGUAUGGAUAUUCGCCUUUCAGUUGCCACAAACCUUUGGCUGGAGACCCUCUUAAAAAGAGUCAUCGUAAGGAGAAUAAAAAGCAAGAACUGAGCAAGGAUGAGAAGAUUGGCACUCAACCAUGGAAGCAGCAAACAAACAUGUCUCAAAUGUCAUCUUUUCUCAAUGCAUUGAGUAUAAAAGAGGAGAGCCGUGAUGGCCUGUUGAUCAAAAACGGUGGCAAGAGCGACUGCAACGGAGAAUCCUGGGAUCAAUCGGCACUUCGGAGUAUUGAACGAGAGCUUUCAGAAUUCUCCUCAAACUACCACUCUAAUCUCACGGAUGGACAUUACAAGGGGAGCGACCGGAAGACCACAGGUUCAAAGAACAAAACUUCUUCUGAGAAAUCUAGUAAAAUAAAAAACGGGAAAUCCACAGUCAAAUUAAAGAAACUCAACAUUAAAAACUUUUUCCUCCACAGUGAGUUCAGCCCCUUUCAGUCGUGGGGGGCUUUUAACAAAUUCCCUUUCACGCAAGAGGACUGCUCUAUUCUUCCAGCUGAUAACAUCCCAAAGUGGUGUGAUCUUCCGUUUUACAAAGAGCUGACGCAGGCUCACAUUAAAAAUACUCGACACACAGAGGAGACAAAGUCAUGUGAGGAAGAGCUUGUUGAACUUCAGACACCUGCAAAACCCGUAACCAUCCGUGCCCCUUCACCCCCAAAGGUCUUGCCAAAACCAUCUAUCACAUUGACUCAGAAGAGGUGUUCCUCAAAUGGAGUGGAUGGAGGUGUUGCCCCCUGGAGGCGCAACAAAUCCAGGGCAACGAGUGCUGUCCCAAUCCAUGAAUCUGCGUUGCCACCUCAGGAGGUUCCCUCUGCAACUGUGGAUGGAAAUAUUGCAUCAGACAAAAAUGAGGGAAAAUCUUUCGAAGUGAAAGCAGUGGAGGACGUCAGCUCCGUUGCGUCUACUCCCUUCAGCAUCUGUCAACUCAUGACUCCCUUAAUUCCCUCCAGACAGCCAACAGAAACAUCAGAAAUCCUACAAAAUGUCCUAUCACCAUCUGCGCUUGACCUUCCACUCACACCCCACUCGGAGGCCAAGCUGACCCCCGAGCCUCCAGUCAAGCGGGACAGUUACAAGUCACUCGCCUCCAGCAUUCUCUUUAACCUCAAAGACAAUAGGAAAAGGGUAAAAAGCCGUUACAGCCCCCCUAAGUUUAAAAACGUGGACACCCCGGAGAGUGGCACCCUUUCCCCACCGUCAAGCAAUCUGAAACCCGCAGGGUCAGAGGGGAACUCCUCAGGCUUGAGCACUCCAGCUGUUCCAAAAGAGGUGCAGACAGUUCACAGUCCCCCGGUGGAGUCUGGGGGUACCCCACUGAUCGUUGCUGAUUCUGACAGACCUUUGUCAGGCGAUUUCCUGCUGUCCAACAUACUGCAAACUAAAGGUGAGGCUGGUCUUGGGGAGCUGAAGAAGAACAGAAGUCCAAAUGUAAAAAGGCAAAACUAUCCUUCUUUAAAUUUGUAUAAGAAGUCCAGCCCUGUCGAUGUCGAAAAGAAAUUUCUCCAAGUCCCGUCAAGCACUGGCGCUGCAGUCUGUGACGAUGAGUCAGCGGUGACAAAUGUGAACCCAGAUCAUUCCCCUGUUAUUUCACCUUCAACCGUUGGGACACAGGAGCCACCGUAUUCAGGGAAAAUAACAUUAAAUGCGCCCGAGAAUGUCCACAAAACAAUGGUGCAAAUGGAAGGAAGCGAGCCCAUGAGUCCAAAAGGAAGAGACAACCAUCACAUGACCACGCUGGAUGUCAUAAAAGCGGCAAAAGAAGCAAUCACCGCGGCUAAAAAUAAAGCUCUAUUUGCGGGUCAUUCAGAGAACACAAAGACGAAUUCACAAGUGGAGCAGAUGCAGGAAAAUUAUAAUAAUCUCGCCAAUUCCGAAGAGAUAAUUAGCAGCAAGCAGAAGAGUCUCUGCGACGCAGAUCAAAUGAUCUCUCAAUGCACAAGUGAGGCCUCUAGUCCGUCUGCCACCAGGAAAGAGCCACCACCUGUUCCCAAGAGAAACUUUGCUAAAUCAGACAUCCAGCUUGCUCUUACUAAGCAGCAGCUCCGGAAUUCGGAAGAUUCAAAAGAAGAUAUGAGGGAGUCGGGAAGGCAGAAGAAGCUCAAACAUAUAUUCUCCGCCAGGCAAAACAACUAUAUCAAAAAUCAGCGGUAUUCAGUGACAGAUGAGGAGCAAGGAGAGGAGAUGGAGCAAGGUGUUGCGGAAGUGCAGGCCAAAUGCAGCCAGGACGGGGAGACGGCACGGGACAUGCGAGAUAAUGAUCAUAUUAGUUAUGAUUUGCAUGCUUUGAAGGAGCUGGAGAGAGCAAGGCUUGGAAGUCGCGUCCAUGAAAGCAUGACGAAGUCAGGUGUUUUAAGCAUUGAGGAGGAGGCAAGGGCCAAGAAUGACUUGAUCUCACGGGAGCUUCGGAAUAUCAAAAAGGGAAUGCUGUCCAUGAAAGGAAACACGUCAGCAAAGAGGGAGAUAUUUGACAAGAGGGAGAAAGAACACAGCAAGCAAGAUCAUUUUGCAAAGAUAGACAGCAAUGUUAUUGUGAGCAAAGCACUUUUGAAUGACAAUUACGACAAAGCCAAAAUGGCGCUAGAAGAGAUCAUAUCUGAACGGAGAAACAAAACUUUAGGGAAGGAUUUAGCAAAUGGUUGUGGCGAAAGUAAUGCUUCCAAAGAACAGGAAAGUAAAGCAAAUAUUUCCAGUCCCGGUCCUCAACAAAGCGACCCGCGAGAGCGGUUGGGUGAUGUGCGGGACCACAGUCACAUCCGACAAAUCCUGUCCCAGACUGAACCCAGAAUUGGCGAAACUCACAGAGUGGGUGGAAGAAUACCACUUCCAGGCAUGGCUGAUGUUGAAUACCAUGCACGAGUGAAAACUAGCGCUAAACAAGACCAUUAUGUAAAUAAUGUAAAUGACACAAAUUACAAUUCAAAGGGAUCCGAUGUUGAAAAUGUGAGACAAUCCGACGUUAUUGAAAAGAAUGAAAGCAAAAUUUUAGCGUCGCCGGCAAUUCCUCCGAGGCAUAAAAAGAUUGGCAGCAGAAAAGACAGGCGUGAUGAUGUCAUGAGGAACGAUGGAGUGUACGAAAACAGCGACACAAUCUCGGUUAAUGAAACCAUUUUGGCAAAAGGCGAAGAAGCUAAUGAGAGCGCAAAACCGUUGGGAAGCACAGAGACUUGUCUUUAUUCAGCUGAAACUAGCAAACAGUUCAUUGUAAGUGAUGGAGCAAGUGGCGGUGCCAUUGAUGAUAUUAAAACACAAGCAUCAAGUGAGACUGGACAAGAAGAAGCUUUCGAGUCAGAGGCAACAAAAGAGGAUAUUGAAAAUGAAAUUCCAACCAAAGAAAAGCUUCAUAAAACUCUUGCUGAGGAAGGUGUGAGUGAAACUCCCAUGAGUGUGACAUCGCCUUUAGUUCUGAUCAACGGCAUAAGCUUCAGUCCACCUGACCAAGCAAGUCUCUCGUCGAAAUCCUCCUACUUCUCUGUGGACAGCACUUUGCAAAGAAAUACAGAGACGGAAUCCAACAUCUUCCACUCCAUGGAGAACUUGUAUGAAGAGCUUCUAGAAGAUGAAAAGGAUGAGGGAAAUGUUCAGAGUUCAAUAGGAGAAGACGGUCAGUACUAUCAUCUGAGUAAUCAUGAAAAGGAAAAAGAGCCAUUAAUAGUACCUCAAAGGGAGAAGGAGAUUCCGUCCAACAUAUUGGCCCCACCAAGUAUUUUUUCGCCGACCUUGGGGAUCCCCGCAUUGUUCAAAAUCAAAGACAAUACUUGUCCACAAAGGUCGAAGAAGACUUUGCAACCCUGGUCGCCAAGGAGCAGUCUAAGUGGAGCAGAGAAGGGGGAACAGGAGAUAAGUGAAGUCAAGGAAAAUAUGGAAAUGCCAAGUACUGAAGAAACUGUAGAUCAAAUUUCCUUCAAUACAAAUAAAAUACUACCCACACAAAAAGUACUUGUAAGGCACCUCCCACCGUCUCCUCCAACCUCGCCUUUGGAUGUACAAGGAGAAGACAGAAAGAGACCUCAAUCUGGAGACCUACUUACUGUACCCAGGGAUGAAGAUGUUUGUUCUGGUGUGAGUCCAUGUUCUGAAGGGUUGGAAAGUAUUGCGACCAGCACCACAGAAACAGCAGAUGAGAUGGGAACGUGUGAAGCAACACCCGAGCAGGAGGUGCUGAAGAUUGCCAGCGAAUGCUCGGGCUCCACCUGCAGCGGCUACGAAAGUCAACCAAGUCUUCCCAAACCCCCGAUGGUCUUACCCAAAUCUGAAAAGGCGGUUCUUAAAGCCAUCAAGCUGACCAACAGAAGGAUGAAGAAGGACGAAGCCCAGAAGUCUUCGCAUGGUAGCAGGAGACACAAGGGAGAAGCUCACAGAGGCGAGAAAUCUGAACACCGUAGUGGACGAGGGAAGGACAGAAAACACAGAGAUGCCUCAAGUGAAGACAGUCAUCCGACUCGAGGUCACAGAGAACAAGGACAUGAAAACAGUACGCGGUCACAAGGCAGGGUUGAGACACAAAAGCGGAGCUCAACGGAAAAGAGGAAUGUUGACCUCACCGAACCAGAUGCCAUCGCGAAACGUCAGGGGCAGGACAGCAAUCCAGAAAAGGAACUUCAACGACAGCUGAGCAGCGACCAGGUCAUCAGCAACGUACCAGUGUACAAGGCUCACCUCAGCGACAGACCUGUGUCAGAUAAGCCAUUCCAGCGAUCGGUUAGCAUCGACCGAUACUUAGCAGACAAAUCGCAGCGACGGCACAGUGAAGACAUGUCAGUCAGGGAAAAAGCCGAUCCAAGGAGGCAGCGGAUUGAGAAAUCCAUCAUGGAUGAGCUCCAGCAGAGAGGCAGAGCAAGGGAAAGAACGUGCAGAGAAAACCCACUGAGAAGGAGUCACAGUAUUGACACUUACAGCACAAAUGUGCCUCAAAGUUCAACUCAGACCAUCCAGUCUGGACAACCUGAGCAGUUGUCCAGGCAGUCCAGCAUCGAGCACAACAUCGUCACACAAGCUUUCCCAAUGACCCAAAGGAAGCUUCUCCAGGAUCCCGAUUCAGGGCAAUACUUCUUUGUGGACAUGCCAGUGCAGGUCAAAACUAAAACCUUUUAUGACCCAGAAACCGGGAGUUAUGUGCAGCUGCCAGUCCAGCCACCAGAUGGUGCUGUUCUGCAGGCAUCGCCCAUGGAGGUUUUGACUCCCCCAAUGGUGGUUUAUCACAGCUUUGUCCCAGUCCCUCUCUCCCCUAUGACUCAGAACUCGACCGUCAAAAAUCCUUAUGUAGAAGUGGAAGAGCUGAGGCACUUGGAGAAGUCCAGGAAAAUUAACUGCAAUGAUCCGUACUUAGAGACACUUUACGGCCAACAUGACAACGUACUUGGAGAGUUUCUCGGCACAGAGGAGCUUGAUUGUCCAAGUUGA